CCGACAAUAGCGCACGCUGAUAUUCCCGGCCCCCGCGGUCGUCUACUGGUGGGCGAUAUAGGGACGUUGAUCUCGAUAAACUCGUGCAGUUGCUCAACUGUAACGUCAUGACUACACUCGCUCAGCGCGAGGCGAGCUCGCUGUGCAUAGCAGAAAGCACAGGGCGUCUCCCUUGCGCUGCCCUCGAGAAUCUUCCCGAGGAGCUACUGCAGCUGAUCAUAUCCCACCUUCAUACAGCAGACCUCAAGAGGACCGCACUCAUCUCCCGUACCCUCCACCGCCAUGUGACCGAUCUUCUCUGGCAGAAUGUAUGCCUGGUCGGCAAGCGGACACUGCACGAGAACGAUCUCACAGACACACUGUUGAGCGGGCGAGGUGAAGAGACGGAUGAACACGAUAAUAGGCCUAUGAUAGGGAAGCUGUAUAUUCUGGCCACAAAACACCACACUGGCCUCGAAGGUCCAGACGCUCACACACCGCUGCCACUUGCCCACGCCGAAUAUAUGCACCGAGCUACCAUCCAUGUAUUUUGAUGCCGAUAACCUGUCCGUGGAUGCAAGGCUACACAAGCUGCUCAAAGUGGCCAUCCGCAUUUUGGUCAACGUACACACUCUGCGGAUCGUACACGUUCAUUGGCACUCGACAACUCCCCCUAUCUCUGGCUUUCUGGACCAAUAAUGACCGCGGAAGGUCUCACUCCGAAAGCUUUGGCUUGAAAGCUGUGCCUUUAGUGUUGUGGAUGUCAUG